AUGCACCAAGCAGUCGGCGACCAGGGCAUCGCAUGGGAACUAGGCUUCUGGAGAAGGGCUCCUUGGAAGGGUGUCUUAAACAUCAUCGUAUUCGCAAUCUGUUGCGUGGGGUUGGCCGCUAUUCUCGCCAAUUCAAACGGCAAGGAGGUCAGCGCAUGGCCUCGUUCCUCAAUGCCCAUAUCCGUGUCUGUGUUGUUGUCCCUCAUUGUAGGAAUUGCAAACCUCUGCCUCACGAUUGCUUUGAGUCAAGGGUAUGAGAUCUCAUGGUGGCUCAAGGCCAUGCAAGGCGCCGAACUGCGUAGGCUGCAGUUUGACUUGGACAUUCAACGCAACUUCUCUGCCUUCCUCAAGCCGUCCCGCACGUUUAAUAAAUUUGUCUUUGCGGCGGUGAUUUCCUUGAUGGUCAGCAUCAUCGACGGGCCCCUCAUCCAGAGAGCUUCUACCACUGCGCUGAAGACAUUCGGGCCUGACGAAAUAAUUGUCACGAUUCAGGUGUCCAAUGCUUCGCUCCCCGCUGACUUCAGUGGCUAUGCUGGUGGUAACAUUGGGCCCGACCUGCUGACGCCCCUGUUCGGGAAUGUCAGUCGAGCAUAUUCAAAUCGGGAGGCGGUCGUCCUGCCCGUUGAAGCAUGUCCUACCAACUCAACGUGCAUACUAACCCUUCCAGCAACGGGAUUUGAUGUCGGUUGCACCGAAAGCACCGUGCCAUAUGACUUCGGCAGACUUUACUCAGCUAAAGCCAAUACCAUUACACCUUUCAGCGUGACCUUGGAUUUUGGUGGCUCACAGGAGGUAGCCUACUUCAGCACAAUCAACACCACCGCUCUUUACAAACCUUCCGCCUCGUGUAGUGGGAAUUUGAUCCACCGGCAAUGCAUCCUUCGCUUAGCCACAGUUCACUAUAACGUGACAGUCGCGAACGGCAAGGCGACAAUUUCAGCCUGGCAAAUAGGCCAAAAUGACACAGUCGAGAUUACCAAAUUCUCAUCCGCCGGAAUAGCGGGAGGAUACGAUACCUUGUUCACCGGUAGCGUAGGAGCCGGCGGUUUCAAGACCAUGCUAGGCGGAAUAUACUUUGUAGCAAAUAUUCUCUACAACUCUAGCACCGCAAUGAGGGCUGCUGGUCAUACCGCCGUCCCAUACAUCCUAUCGGCCGCUGGACAAGCCUCAAGCAACUACUUGACCUCAUCAGCGUCCACGUACAGCAACUGCACAAUGACAUGGGAUGACCCAACCGAAGAUCUCGUGAAUACAAUUCGUGAACUCAUGUUUCGCAGCGCCGUCGCGCAAUCCGCUGCCAAUUCCUCGUCCGUCAUACCACAGCACCCCCUCGCUCAGGAAACGAGACUAGUCAACGCCUACGAGAGUCACUACAGGUUUCUCGCGGCCACACUAGCAAUCAUGGUGCUGCAGGCUUUCGCAAUUGCCAUCCUGCUUGUAGGCUGGCACAGACUCGGUAGGAAUGUCUCGCUCGAUGCUUUCGAUAUUGCAAGGGCCCUCGGUGCGCCGCUUUUACAGAAGGGAAGUUCCAACGGCACUAUCGACGACCUUCUUGCUUGUGUUGGACGUGUGCCGCUUCGGUAUGGCGAGAUUAUUGGUCCAGAAGAGGGCGCUGCUGCACCUAUUGUGUCUCAGCACUCAACCCAACAACCGAAAGGCUCUACAAGUGCUGCAGAUAGUCAACAUGAUCAGGUCUUCACAGGUCCGACCUCGGAUCAGGAAAAUGGUUCUGAAAUAGAAAUGUCAAGCUUUCUUCCCCCUGAAGAUGGUCAAUAUCGCGCUAAGGCCAUCAAAUCUGAUAAUUUGGGGUUUAUGAAUGAGCGUGGGUAUUGA